CCCAAACCUGACUACAGUGUGUCUGUGAACAAGUCGUCUAAAACCGUCUUUGUCUCGGUGGAUUCUGGAGACAGAGUGAAAAUCCGCCUGUGUUAUGAAAACAGAGCAUCACACUGCGCAGAGAUAAUUCCACCACGACUAGUUUCUCAGAUGGUUGACUUCAACAUCACCUACAUGCUGCCCUGUGUGUGUGUCGAGGCAUUUUACGACUACCUUGACGCAAGGCGACAUAAGAAGUGCCCCUUUAAAAACGGAAGCCUCACUGACUUUGACGAUGUUCUGCGUGCCUCCAGAGUCCUGCUGUACAGGUCGCAGGUGACUUGGACCUCCAAGUGUCCAAACAGCAAGCUGAACGUCUCUGCCUCUCUGUGCUGGAAGCAGCACCCACACCUCUGUAUACCAGUGAUCAACUCCACUCUGGAGAAAAAAGAUGGACCUACUCUGGUUUUUAACACCUCCACAGUGGACAAACACCCUCAGAUGUGUGUGCAGUUUUCUACACAAGGCAGACAUAAUAUCUCCUGCCUCUUUAAGGAUAUUUUGUCUUCAUGGGAGACGCAUAUUGGACCCGGCAGACGGAGCAUAUCAGUGUUUGUCACCUCUUCAUCCCCAGCAAAGUUCUCAGCUCAGCUCUGCCUUCUAACUGAGGGGGAAUGUACACCCACGGGGCCAGUCCACUCAGUAACGAUGGGGGAACUGGACACUGAAAAAAGAAUAAACGUACCUGUUCAAGUCCCUGCUGAGAAGCCAUGUGUACAGGUCUGGCAGUCGAGCCCGGCCCUUAAUGGAAGGAGGAUUCUGUGCCCAGACUACACGCACAGCAGAUGGGGUGUGUGUGCAGCGGCGGCCUUCACAUUUCUGACUGCUGUCAUUUUAUUUGUAUUUUUCAUCCACCGUGUCAUCAAGAAAGGAGCUGCUGGCUGGCUGACCAUCCAGAAGCCGCUGCUGGUGGUAUGUUCGUCAGAUGCUUCGACCCAUGUUUCUGCCGUGUGUGCCUUAGCCUCCCUGCUUCAGGGGGAGCUGGGUGCCACAGUGCACACAGCGCUGUGGGCCCAGACCUCCCAAAGGCCUGCCGGGGGCCGGUCGGGCGUGGCAGAUCUGGGUCCGCUCCCCUGGCUGUAUGGUCAGUGGGACGCUGUCCGCAAGGCCCAAGGAAGAGUGCUGGUAGUCUGGAGUCUUGAAGCAAAGAGGACUUACCAGAAGUGGAGGGAGGAGAGAGAAAACAUGAGGAACGAUGAGAGAAAAAACGAAGAUUCCAGGAAAGCAAAUGGUGCACAUAAGAAAAUUAGUAAAAAGGUGGAUGCGAAUUUAAAGCUGAAUGCAAGAAAAGUAAAGUGUAAAAAAGAGAAAGCUGUGAUUGAAUUCUGGGAGGAUGACGACAGAUACUCCCAGAAGGAGCGGUCAGCGGUGACGGAGCCGGUGUUUGUGGCUGCUCUGGCCUCUCUGGAAGAGGCUCUGAGGGGCUGCAACGCUCAGGAGGUUGCCAUCGUCUAUUUCCAGGGCCUGUCCCACAGCAGGGACAUCCCAAAGGCCCUCAGAGGUGUGCCCCGCUACUGUUUACCACAGGACUUUAGCGGUUUAAUUCAGGAGCUGGGAGAGGUGAGGACAGGGCCAAAAACGGGCGAGUCCGGUGGGCACUGCUGGCCCAAACUCCUCUGCAAAGUGUUGUCAGUGUGGCUGGCACGCCAGCUCGCUCAAAGGCUGCAAACACAGCUACCUCAGACCCAACGACAAAAAGGGGAAGAAUGGAGUCUUACAUCAUCAGUAAGCCCGACAGAGAACAAACACAAGGUUCCCCCGGCUCCCGGGCCGGCAGACGCACUGCAGCAAGAGCUUCUCCAGGGGUCACCGUGGAGAGCCGAGAGGCUU